UGUGGUGACUUCAAUCAUUAAAACCUGCGCAAGUGGGAGUUUAGAACUGCGAAAGGAUCUUGAGGUUUUCUCCAGAGAAAAUGCUUUCCCCAUUGUGCCGAUACCAAUUCUUCCUCCUUAUCCUUAUUCGUGGAGUCAUGGGCAACGAUAUAUGGUCAUCACUUAACCAAACAUUGAACGGGCGGUUACAUACUUCGCAACCAUUCUCACAACCAUGUUUCUCAAUCUUUGAAGGUCAACCAGUUACCCCUAAUCUAUUACAAUGCGCGGAAAUCCAGCAAAAUUACACGUCUUCCAGUUAUCGAAGUCAGUUCUAUAAUGGAUUCAUGAACAAUCAAGACGAAGUUUGUUUUACUAAUGUUACCGACCAAUGCGUUCUCAAUAACAUGCUUCCAAAUGAUGCAACUGCGUUCACAAAUGUCAGUUGUAACCAGGGAAGUGUUUCAAAGUAUUACGUUCAGGUCGAGCAAGUUUCCGAUGUUGUGGCCGCUCUUGAUUUUUCCAAGAAGACUGGAAUAAGAUUGUCCAUAAAAAACAGUGGACAUGAUUAUCUUAGUCGUAGUAGUCGGAAGGGAUCUUUGGCCCUUUGGAUGAAGAAGGUAUCAGGGAUGAGUUAUGACGCAUCUUUCAUACCCGAAGGAUGUGAUUCUGCUCCAGUGACAGCCAUUACGACUGCUGCAGGAGUAAAUACAAAUGAUGUUUAUGAGUUUGCAGAGACACAAAAUGUCACAUUUAUCGGAGGAUAUGCAACAACAAUUGGUGUAGCAGGCGGUUGGGUACAGGGAGGUGGACACUCCGUUCUCUCACCUGUUUAUGGGCUUGGAAUCGAUCGAGUUGUUCAAUACAAGGUCGUUACCACUGAUAGUGUCUUCAGAGUCGCUAAUGAAUGUAAAAAUUCGGAUCUUUUCUGGGCAUUAAGAGGUGGUGGUGGUGGAACUUUUGGAAUCGUGAUGGAAGCCACCCAUCGUGUUGAGCCAAGAAUUCAGCUAGCUGUGGCGAUGAUUUCAUAUAACCGCACAACACGUAAUGUUUUGGAAUGGUUUUCUAUCAUCGUCAAUAAUUCCUUGCCCUGGGCAAACCUAGGCUGGGGUGGACAUUACCAAGCUACGAAUCUGAUAAGUGUUACGCCACUACUUAAUCUCUCUGAAGCAGUUGAAUCGAUGGCUCCAGCUGCCAAAUUUGCGAAGGAAAACAAUGGGACAGUAUUUGUAGAGGUUCUUUCCUCCUGGUAUGAUUUCUACACAAGAUAUGUGGCAUCCAAUGAAGCUGUUGUUGGAAGUCUUCACCCACUCGCUACUCGACUUAUACCGGCAUCUUUAUUCAGAAGUACUGAGGGCAGAUCAAAGUUGAUGAAUUUUCUAGAACGUUUGAUCUCUCUUGGAUACUCGCCCUACAUUCCCAAUACUACGCCGUGGCUAUAUCAGUGGGAUCCAGCCUCAACAUCCGCUACACCAGCAUGGCGGGAUUCAAUUUGGGAACUUUCGUAUAGUGGGGUAUGGACUUAUAAUGAAACUUUGGAGCAACGAUUAACUCAAGUUAGUUUGGUCAAUAAUCUGACCACAAUGGUAGAGGAUUUCACACCGACAGGAGGUGCGUACCUUAACGAAGCUCAUCCAUGGACCAAUGAUUGGAAAGAAGCUUGGUGGGGCGUUCAGAAUUACGAGAAGCUGCUUGAAAUAAAGAAGAAAUAUGAUCCAGAAGGUUUGUUAAGUUGUUGGAAAUGUGUAGGAUUCAAUGAGGAGAGCGAAACGAAGGAUUUCCCCUGCUUUGAUAUAUGAUAUGCAAUAGAAAAUAAGGUUAAACAGAUAUAGUUCUUGAUAGAGAGGUCAUCAUGAGGAUGAAUGAAUAGUGGGAUUAUGAUGAGAAUACCUCGAGGAGUGCAGAAGCAUAUGC